AUGGUCGGGGUCGGGGUCGGGGUCGAGGCCCACUCAUGGCAGCCUGGGCUUGGGCCUGGGCCAACCAGCAGGUGGGGACAAUGCCGUGGGCGGGGCGGCCUGGUCCCUCGGGCUUUGCUACGGCGUCAACUUCCGCUUGUUGUUUGUGGAGAACGAAGGAAGCAGCUAACCGAUAAGGACAGGAGGGAUUGUUUGUCGAUGGAUGCCUCAGACAAGUCAUUUUCUGAUCUAGUAGGUCUUAUUAAAUCGUGGAUCCCUUGGCGGUCCGAGCCUGCUAAUGUGUCAAGGGACUUUUGGAUGCCUGAUCAGAGCUGUAUGGUAUGUUACGAGUGUGAUUCCCAGUUCACAUUGUUUAACCGUAGACACCAUUGUCGACUUUGUGGCCGAGUUUUUUGUGCCAAGUGUACUUCAAACUGGGUUCCUGCAUCAUCUAGUGAGCCGAAGACUCCGACGGAAGAGUGUGACAGGAUUAGGGUCUGCAACUACUGCUUCAAGCAAUGGGAACAGGGCUUAGCUACUACUGGUGACAAUGGGAUCCAGGUUGUCAGCCCAGAUAUUUGUACUUCACCAUCAGCGACAAGUUUCAUCAGCACCAAGUCUAGUGGUACUGCUGACAGUAGUAGCAUUACCCUUGCAUCGAUGCCACAAUCUUCUGGGCUCAGCCCACAUCAAUCAGCAGUAAUGGAAACAAAUGCGGACAGUCAACAUAUUGUAGCAUCAGAAAAGAGAAAUGAUCAAGGUGCAGACAUGGACCAAUAUCCAAAACAUCAUGGAUUUUGCAACAGGAGUGAUGAUGAUGAUGAUGAAUAUGGAGUUUAUCGGUUAGAUUCCAACCCCCCACAUUUUCCUCGUGUUAAUGGCUACUACGGUCAAGUUCAGUUUGAUGAGAUUGACAAUGACUAUGGAUCACAUAAAGUGCAUCCUGAUGCAGAAGCUAUUGAUACAAGAAGUAUGGGCAGCUCUUCCUUACACAAUAGUUUUGAUUCUCAGUGUUCUGAAGUAGUUCAACAUCUUGUGAAAAAAGACAAACAUGAUACUGGUGAUCAAUGUGAAGCUCCUUCCUCUCUAUAUGCUACGGAAGAUGUUGAUGAUGAGCCUGUAGAUUUUGAGAGUAAUGGAGUUCUUUGGCUCCCACCCGACCCAGAAGACGAAGAUGAUGAAAGAGAAGCACUUCUAUUUGAUGAUGACGAUGACGGGGAUGCAACUGGAGAGUGGGGAUAUCUACAUCCUUCAAGCAGUUUUGGAAGUGGGGAAUAUCGUAAUAAGGACAGGUCAAAUGAGGAACACAAGAAGGUCGUGAAGAAUGUGGUUGAUGGGCACUUCAGGGCGUUAGUAGCUCAGCUUUUGCAAGUUGAGAACCUUCCUGUCGGUGAGGAAGAUGACAAUGAGGGCUGGUUAGAGAUUAUUACGUCUUUGUCCUGGGAGGCUGCUACAUUAUUAAAGCCAGACAUGAGCAAAGGUGGAGGAAUGGACCCAGGAGGAUAUGUGAAGGUGAAAUGUAUAGCUUCCGGACGACGUAGUGAGAGUAUGGUGGUCAAAGGAGUUGUAUGUAAGAAAAAUGUGGCUCAUCGGCGGAUGACAUCAAGAAUAGAGAAGCCUCGCUUUUUGAUCCUUGGAGGGGCUCUUGAAUAUCAGCGGGUUUCUAACCUCUUGUCAAGUUUUGAUACUCUGUUGCAACAGGAAAUGGAUCAUUUGAAGAUGGCUGUUGCAAAGAUAGAUGCACACAAUCCAGAUGUCCUUUUGGUGGAGAAAUCAGUUUCCCGACAUGCCCAAGAGUAUUUACUUGCAAAAGACAUAUCACUUGUUCUCAAUAUUAAAAGGCCACUGUUGGAGCGUAUAGCCCGCUGUACAGGUGGUCAAAUAGUCCCUUCAAUUGAUCAUCUCUCAUCACAGAAGUUGGGAUACUGUGAAAUGUUCCACGUUGAGAGGUUUCUAGAAGAGCAUGGCACUGCCGGUCAGGACGGAAAAAAGUUGGUGAAAACAUUGAUGUAUUUUGAAGGGUGUCCAAAGCCAUUGGGUUGCACUAUAUUACUUAGAGGUGCCAAUGGAGACGAAUUGAAGAAAGUGAAGCAUGUGGUUCAAUACGGAGUUUUUGCAGCUUAUCAUUUGGCUUUGGAAACAUCUUUUCUUGCUGAUGAAGGAGCCUCUCUGCCGGAACUUCCAUUGAACUCUCCAAUAACUGUAGCGCUUCCACUUAAACCUUCAAUUAUUGACAGGUCCAUUUCAAUGAUUCCUGGUUUCGCAGUUCACUCCAAUGAAAAAACUCAGGGACAUCAAUCUUGUGGCGAGCCACAGAGGUCUAACAGUGUCCCCACUUCUGAUCUGGUCUCAACAAUCACCAAUGCUUCCAUUAAAACUAGAACAACGCCAUUGCCUAGUCUAGUUAAUGCUCCAAGCACCCACUACACGAAGCCUACUUCCAACAUUAUCCACUCCACUGCUUCUUCCGGGCAAUGUGUUUCAGAUUCUUACCACAAUGACACCUAUCCUUAUCAGGCACUCGAGGAGCAAAGUUUAAUGGGUUCAAAAGAGUCUUCUGAGCUGGAUACUUCUACAGUUAACCUUGGUCAAGAUGCCAUGGGUGAUCGUUUCACUGCAAUUAGUUCUGGGCUUGCAGAAGCAUUGGGGCAAGGUGUUGUGCACAACAAAUCAAAAAAUGUUUGCAGCUCAUUGGUUGCAAAUCAAAGUAAUACAGAACCACCAUCUGUGCAAGUAGAUGGUAAAAGUGUUUUUGAGGAACCAGUUUCUUCGAAGGAAGAGUUUCCUCCAUCGCCUUCUGACCAUCAGAGCAUUUUGGUUUCUUUAUCAUCCCGGUGUGUGUGGAAGGGUACUGUCUGCGAAAGGUCUCAUCUUUUUCGAAUCAAAUACUAUGGCAACUUUGAUAAACCAUUGGGCCGUUUUUUACGCGAUCAUUUGUUUGAUCAAAGUUAUAGAUGCCGUUCUUGCGAGAUGCCAUCAGAAGCCCAUGUUCACUGUUACACUCAUCGACAGGGUACCCUCACAAUUUCUGUGAAGAAGUUGCCAGAAUUUCUCUUACCUGGUGAAAGGGUAGGAAAGAUUUGGAUGUGGCACCGCUGCUUGAGGUGUCCACGGACUAACGGUUUCCCUCCAGCAACUCGACGAGUACUGAUGUCUGAUGCUGCUUGGGGUUUGUCCUUUGGGAAGUUUUUGGAGCUCAGUUUUUCAAACCAUGCAGCGGCUAGCAGGGUAGCUAGCUGUGGCCAUUCUCUACAUAGAGACUGUCUUCGAUUCUAUGGAUUUGGGAAAAUGGUUGCAUGCUUUCAUUAUGCAUCAAUUGAUGUUCACUCAGUCUACCUUCCUCCCCCCAAACUAGAUUUCAAUUAUGAGAGUCAGGAGUGGAUACAAAAGGAGCUUAAUGAGGUGGUUGGUCGAGCAGAGCUUUUAUUUUCUGAAGUACUCAAUGCUCUUCGUCAGAUGGUGGAGAAAAGAUCUGACAGAGGCCCAUCUAACAAUGGCGUGAAAAUACUUGAAUCAAGGCGCCAAAUAGCAGUUUUGGAAGGCAUGCUACAAAAGGAGAAGGCAGAAUUUGAGGAAUCACUUCAGAAAAUUUUGAACAAGGAGGCGAAAAAGGGCCAACCUGUUAUUGAUAUUCUAGAGAUUAAUCGUCUGCGAAGACAGUUACUCUUUCAAUCUUAUAUGUGGGACCUCCGCUUGAUUCAUGCCGCCAGGUUAAAUAGUAACAAUCUUCAGGGCAAUCUGAAUGGGUCCAAUCCAGAACAUGUGAAGAAACCCGCCUCAGGUUAUGAGAAGCUCAUUGAUAUGCCCGUUAAGCCGGGCAAAGAUUCAGGUAGUUUUGACUCUGUUCUUUUGGAUGCAAAGCCCAAUGAAAGUCAUAAUGAUGGUGGAGGAAUUGGUAGCCAUGGUACACAGCCUGAACUAGUUCCUCCUGGAGUCGACACUUGUUUAGAUUCAAAUCCUGAAAAAGAUAACCAAGCUAAUCUCUCUGCUGGUAUAAACAUCUGUGAUGAAUCUGAUCCUGUGGAAUCCCGUGUAGUUGUUCGUAGGGCCCUCUCCAAUGGUCAGGUACCUAUCAUAACAAGUUUGUCAGACACCCUUGAUGCUGCAUGGACUGGGGAAAACCACCCGGAAAUUAGAAUGCCAAAUGAUAAUACAUGUACAUAUCCUCAAUCAGCUGUGGCAGAUUCUUCAUCCAUCUUGGGAGUGGAAGAAAAGUUGGACAUGGAAGACCAUAGGGAAGACCAGGACAGGCCCAAUGUAUCCCUUUAUCCUCCUGUAUUGGCCACCCAAAGCUCAGAUAAUAUGGAAGACUCUGUGAGCUGGCUGGGAAUGCCCUUUAUAAACUUCUAUCGCUCACUGAACAAAAACUUUUUGGGGAGUGCUCAGAAAUUGGAUACACUGACGGAGUAUAAUCCAGUCUAUAUUUCAUCAUUUCGUGAGUUGGACCUCCAAGGCGGGGCAAGGUUGCUCUUGCCUGUGGGUGUUAAUGACGUAGUUGUCCCCGUCUAUGAUGAUGAGCCCACAAGUAUCAUAUCUUAUGCCCUGAUUUCGCCUGAUUAUCUUGCCCAACUGUCCGAUGAGUUUGAAAGACCAAAAGACAAUGGCGACUCUACAUACCCAUUACAGUUUCUUGAUUCAGGGAAUUUCCAGUCCUCCCAUUCACUUGAUGAAAUGGCUUUGGAAUCUUACAGAAGUCUUGGAUCUACAGAUGAGAACAUCUUAUCUAUGUCUGGGUCUCGUAGCUCCCUGGUUUUGGAUCCAGUUUCAUAUAUGAAGACUUUGCAUCCUAGAGUUUCUUUUGCAGAUGAAGGACCCCUUGGUAAGGUGAAAUAUACAGUGACUUGUUACCACGCAAAGCAGUUUGAAGCCUUGAGGAGGAUAUGUUGCCCAUCCGAGAUGGAUUUCAUAAGGUCUCUUAGCCGUUGCAAGAAGUGGGGAGCCCAAGGUGGCAAGAGCAAUGUUUUCUUUGCAAAAACCUUAGAUGAUCGGUUUGUAAUCAAACAGGUCACAAAGACAGAGCUGGAAUCAUUCAUAAAGUUUGCUCCCGGAUAUUUUAAGUAUCUAUCUGAAUCAAUUGGCACUGGAAGCACAACAUGCAUGGCAAAGAUUCUGGGGAUUUAUCAGGUCACAUCAAAAUAUCUGAAAGGAGGAAAGGAAUCAAAAAUGGAUGUGCUAGUUAUGGAGAAUCUUCUGUUUGGAAGGAAUCUGACACGGCUUUAUGAUCUCAAAGGAUCUUCCCGGUCACGGUAUAAUGCAGAUUGUAGUGGAAAUAAUAAGGUUCUCCUGGAUCAGAACUUGAUUGCAGCAAUGCCAACAUCUCCCAUAUUUGUUGGAAACAAGGCAAAGCGAUUGUUGGAAAGAGCUGUCUGGAAUGAUACUGCUUUUCUUGCGUCAAUUGAUGUGAUGGAUUAUUCAUUACUGGUGGGAGUGGAUGAGGAGAAGCAUGAACUUGUUCUAGGGAUUAUUGAUUUCAUGAGACAAUAUACAUGGGACAAGCACCUUGAGACAUGGGUGAAGGCUUCUGGCAUCCUCGGUGGACCUAAGAACACAUCUCCGACAGUAAUCUCACCCAAGCAAUACAAGAAAAGGUUCCGGAAAGCCAUGACUACCUAUUUUCUGAUGGUACCAGAUCAGUGGUCACUUCCCACUAUCAUUCCAAGUAAGUCGCAGGCUGAUUUAUGUGACGAGAAUACUCUAGGUGGGACCUCAGUUGAGUGAUACUGUAUAUUGUUGUGCCUCUAUAACUUUGAAAGUGUAGUAGAUUAGUUGUCCCCAUCAGUUUUCCUUUUCAUAUAAUUUUCCUCCUCCUCCCCCCUCUCUUGUUUUCCUUUUCUUGAUUCUUUUUGGUUAGAAGUCACAUUAUUUGGCAGUAGAUGCAGAACAAGGCUGUCAAAAGCCAUGAAAAUAUCUUAGGGGUACAAAUAUUAGGUGAUCUCCCCCACAAGAUUUUGUACAAUACUUUUUCCCUGUAUUUAGCAGUUCAAUAUGUAAAUGAAUUACAACAAUGCAAUUGCAUUUCUAUUUUGUAUUAUAUCUGACAUUUUUAAGCAUCAAAC